CGGAAGCGCACCAAGAAAUAGCGGUUUCCAUGGUCACCAGGGCCAGACGAGCACUGCGACGCCUUCUCCGCUAUUGGCGCGGGUUCUGCACAGUAAGAAGGAAGCAACUCCUGGAAGUAGCAUGAGCGCAACCGAGCGCCAGGCGCAAUGGGUGGAGAAAAACGUCCGGAGUCUCGCAGUUGUCGAGACCGUCAUUGCCGCUUUUCGUGUUGCGUACUGGAACGAGGUUGUGGCAUCCGGGAUAAGUUUGAGUGCGAAGAUGCAAAAGGAUGGAGAUCUUGAUGAGAAAGUAGCCUCGCAAGAACAAUUGUUCUUUGCGCAAAAAAGCAGAGUUUUGAGUGUAGCAGGACGAUUUCUUGCUUGGGAAACGGCGCCAAUAGUGCUGGGCAGUGUCGUCCUCACGCUUCCGCCAAUCUCCACCAGUGAUUGCUCUACGAUGGUGCGUGGAAUAUCGCAUGUACGAAACCGGACGACGGAUCCAACAGAGAGUGUUCGUGCGGCUGUGCGCGUAGUGGUGGCCUGUCCACCUUUGGCCGCUUCUCCGAAUUCUCGCUUACGCAACUCACAACAAGAAGUCGAGUCAUCUUUUCUCGUUCCUCUACCCUCAUACAAGAACACGAAGCAUCUUCCCGCGUCCCCCUCACAAGGGGAUGCGUCGUCCGCUGACGCCAAUUUGCUCGGUAGCGUUAAAGGAGCCGGCCCCGGUGAGCGCAGGACUUAUGCACAAGAAGUGAUGGCCGCAUUAUCUCGCGACUGGAACGCCUUUGCCGAGACUUCGAAAGGUCCUCGUUCGCAGUCGGCGCAGUUGAAGCAGCUCUGGAGCUCAUCAAGAGCUACAUUUCUAUUCAGCGAAGAGGUGUCAUCUAUCAGCAAGUUGCGCAGAGCGUUUUCGGUGGCUAAUCUGCGAGACCAACUUUUCUACGCGCAGAGAGCCGCUGCGGAGCUUGUCGCUAGGGAGCGGCCGUGGUCUUCAUUGAUCAACAUGGGACAAAAGGCCGAGUCGGACUCGGCACCUCCCUUGCUGCAGGCAGAUCAGGAUACUGCAGAGCAAGACUUGCGCCUCGAGCUGGAGAUCAAGAUCGUGCGCGAGAAGCAAGUCGCUUUCCUGACGACGUUGCUGCAGAGCUUGCUCUCCAACGGUGCGACGACAAAACACGACUUCUCGCAUUGGAGGCAGGUAUUGCCCAAAGUUGCAGUCUUCGACUGAACUGCCAGCCACAACAGUGGGAACGACCUCUCGUUUUGAUUUAGCAAUCUUGUUGUUGAAGGGUUUGCUAUGGAUAGGAAUUAUGCAGCUCAGAUUCAAUCGCGGAAGUUUAUUCAUUGGGCAUGAGACAGGACUAUGGAUUAAGUAAGCAAUUUUACCAUUUCUAUUUUUCGACAGUACCUAUUGACGCGGAUUGAUUCAACUUGCAUCAUGUGUUUGAUGUUGAUUUGCGCGAUCAUUCCGUGAUGUAAGUAGAGCUCGCUCGUCUGCGGUUCGAUGGUAUAACUUUUCCUCUUUUUUUUAUGUUGAGCCCCGACUGCAAAAUUCCUCCACCCCACACAAAUAAGAAUAUGCACAAGAAGCGGAUUUACAAAGUGAUACUGAACAAGAUGUAUCUGUGUACCGAGAAAUUACCUUACGGACGGAACUACAGCCGAGGGAGACCAGGG